AUGAAAUUAGUAUUGUACAUAGUCGCCGCCAAUGUUUUGAAAACCGGACCGGACAUCGAACCGGACAAGCAACUGGGUCACGGGAAAAAAGAUGACAAUUCGUCAGCUCGAGCUGUCGUUAUUAUUGCGGUUUCAAUUGCUGCGUGUGUGAUAGUAGUAGUUGCUUUAGUUGGCAUCUGUUUAAGAAAAAAAAUAAAACGUAGACCAAUCGAAAAUCCUGAGAUAGAUAAAGCUGUAGACGAGAUUACUACAGUUGAAUCUUUGCAAUAUGGUUAUAGCACAAUCAAAGCAGCAACAAAUGAUUUCUCUGAUAAGAACAAGCUUGGGGAAGGAGGAUUUGGUGUUGUUUAUAAGGGAAAACUCCCUAAUGAUCAAGAAAUAGCGGUCAAAAGAUUGUCUAAGAAUUCAGGACAAGGUGAUGUAGAAUUUAAGAAUGAGAUCUUAUUACUCGCUAAACUUCAACAUCGGAAUCUGGUUAGACUCUUGGGUUUCUCUAUACAAGGAUCAGAAAAGCUUCUCGUAUAUGAAUUUGUUCGGAAUGGAAGCCUUGAUCUCUGUAUGUCAGACCCAACAAAGCGUUCGUGUUUGGAUUGGGAUAAACGCUACAAGAUCAUAGGGGGUAUCGCAAGGGGACUUGUGUACUUGCAUGAGGAUUCUCAACUCAGGAUCAUUCACCGUGAUCUUAAACCUGGCAAUGUACUUUUAGAUAGAGAGAUGAAUCCUAAAAUCGCAGAUUUUGGCAUGGCGAGAUUAUUCGAACAAGAUGAAACUCAAGGAAAUACAAGCAAGAUUGCCGGAACUUAGUAAGUAAUGUCUGUUAUUAUAUGCUUGAAUUAGAAUCUAAGCUAAGAAAGUAUUUCUAUGUUGUUGCAGUGGAUAUAUGUCGCCUGAAUAUGCAAUGCGCGGGCAAUUCUCUGUUAAGUCCGAUGUGUUUAGCUUCGGAGUUUUAGUACUGGAAAUCAUGAGCGGUCAAAAAAAUAGGUCUAUCAGGAUCGGGGACAAUGUGGAGGAUCUUUUGACUUUUGUAAGUAAUUACUUACUUAGAUGCCUUAAAUUUUAAAGUC